UCCGCUUUUCUAGAAGUGAGCUUGGGCUGCCUGUGCUAACGUCGAACGCAUGAUGAAUCGACAUUAUUAACCUCAGUAAAAAGGCUUGUCCUAUUCCGCGAAGUCUUUUAUUUCACGUUAAGAAACAACGAGAAGGUGAAAAUAUCAUGCUAUCCCCAACAGAUGCACUGGUAAAUGACAUUUGGAUUUUUCCACUAGCUGUUGUUACUCUCGGUCUUCCCUGGCCCUCAGCCCGUCAGUUCUUUCAGCCGGUCACGGAUGCAUUGUGGGAGAAUCAUGUUGUUGCUAAGCAAUCCUUUUGUUGCUUGAGAAGCGACCUGGUUACAUAGCUUCAAGAUGGCGGCAAAACAUACACAGUUCUCGUGAAACAUAGAUCAAUUACACGUACUGAUUAUCAGAAGAAAAAAUCAACGAACAUUAUCUUUGAUACUAGAUUUAGUAGAAUGGAUCCUCGAAUACAAGCUAUUUUGGCGAAAUACGAAAAUGAAGAGAACGAAGAAGCAGAAAAACAUGUUGACAAACCAACGACCCCUGAGCCGCCGAAAACACUUGAGCAGUGGUUGGAAAGAAGGCCGGCUGGUUCAGAACGAUGGCCUGAUGAUGUGGAUAGUGGAAAGAAGUCUGAAAUAUCCGUUGCUUCUGUUGGAUUAGGGAGUUUGGAAGAAAUAAUGGAGGAUUUGGGACGCCAUGCCUUUUUGGACAUUAGUUUGAUUGAUAAGGUAAGCAAUGAAGUUGAAGAAUUAGAAAAAAAGCUUGCUAUUUAUGCAAGUCAGGUUUUGACAGACAAGGAGAGACCCAGGAGUAAAGCCGAGACAAUGAGCCCAGCAACAAUGAAAGCAUUACAAACAAGCGCAGAUAUUCCUGCAGAAGUUAUUAACAAAAAGGAAAAGGUUGUACCUAUGUUCACAUCUUACCCUGGAUUUUUUCCAACUGAAGUAACACCAUUGCCAGGCCAACUGGAAGCACCUCAGCUGUUAAACAGGGUUACAAAGUCUCAGCAGUUCCCUUCAAUUCUCAGGAAGAGAUGGAAGAAAAUGUUUUUGUCAGAAGGAUCUGUGACUUUGUUGCAGGAUACUUUCUGGUGGUUCUUUUUGGAAAAGUUCCAGCCUGAUUGCAAGAAAGCUCAAGAUGGAUUGUUUAACAGAAUUGCUGACAGUUUUGUUGCUUUGUUUUUUGGUGUUAGUCCUGAUUUCAAGGACAAAUUCUUCCAGUAUUUUCCGGACUGCCUGGCUCAAGCUGUUUACGCAUCAUACUGUGAGGUUUUCCCAAGAUCUUAUCAGUUGUUUGAUGAUGACUUUAAAAGUUUCCUACUGAACACCAUCUCAGAGUGGGUGACAGGUACAAGGCCUCCACCUUACUCGUGGAAGAAAUGGAACUUAAAACUUUUGGAGCCUGGCAAUAUUCGCGAACUACAAGAUGACAGGACCCAGUCACUUAAAGCUAACAUGUCGUUUGAUCUGGACUUAUACUUGGAUGAUUUGGACACUGUCCCUGCCAGUAAGGAGAAAGCUGGAACACACACUGCUCCCUACUCGCCCUCCAGAAUGGGACUGACAAUCAUUCCAACAUUCGAUAGCGCAGAUUCACACGAGGUCGGCCCAGGCCCCGAGUUUGAGCGCGUCGGUUUUAAUCUUUUGGGCAGGAGUCCUUUGGUGUCACAUUUCCUGCGGAUGAAAGAACUGACAGGAAAAGAAGAGCUACCUGUUCAGGCUGUAGGACGCACUGAAGUCGCCAAAUUACCAGCUCCAGCGCCUACCUACAAACAAGUUAUAAGAGAUUGCAAAAAGACGACAAAAACGUUGAGUAAUCAUUAUCAAAGAGUCCUAGAAACAUCUGAGCAAGAGAGCUUGAAAAUCCAGAAACAGAAGCGAGCUGCACUAGCCAAGCUUGAACGCUUAAAGAAUGAUCUUGUUCUGAAAAAUCAAGAUAUUAAGAUGAUCAGCGACCGACUUCUCGACUUAAUGGCGCAGCCGGACCAUGCCACAGCCGGGUUUCCCAAAAGUGCCUUGGAACAAUCAUCCGAUGAAGACACCUGACAACCUGCUUGCUGUAACUUGUAACAAUGAGUUUACUUCAAGAAUUGUGAAGGGUAUUCUUUUGAUAACUAGCAAUAUUUUUUUUGGCCAGAGUUGUUGCGUGGUUAAAAUCGUCUUGAGGAUGUAAAAUGCGCUUUUACUUGUUUUCUUUUAUACCAAACGCCUGUUCUUGGCAUGUACAGCGUUCCGCUAAAUAAAUAAUGUAAUUUUUGAAGACUUUUAUAAACAAUGUAGAAACAUUAUGUUCGAUUACAUAUUUAAAACUGAACUGAUUUUGAAAUAAAUUUUCUCUUGCAAAGAAUUCAAUUCGACUGUGCAUCAUGCACAAGUCGAAGGAUUAGAAAAUCUGUUGAAACUUACAGAGGUAUAGAUGCUGAUCCCAGAGUCCCCGUAACGCCUGUGAGUUUAAUGAUUUGUAAGUGAUAGCUACAUACAUAGAUGAUUAGAGGAAAUACCAACAAUCCAUCACGUUGUAGAUAGAGCCCCGUGGUGACGUUUGACCGGUUGAUGUCUUCACGACCGACUGACAUGCCCGAACAUAAUCCAAUGAAGUGCUAUUGCCAAAUUUUCGAUGAUGAAAUCUUGCUAAGUGGGUCUCAAUUCUCAAUGGGGUGAUUUCAGAGCUAACGGUUAAUUUCUUUCUAUUGCGAUUAAAAGUAAAAAAACGGUUAAUUUGUUUUGCCGUUUUACGGCUAAUGGUUAACCCCAAUAUGACUCUUAGCCAGCAGUGAAAGAUAACAAUCAGUGAAAAUAUCAACACAUGCUUUUAAGUAUUUGAAAAUGGUGUUUUUGUGAGCCCAUCUGGAAAAAAAGUUUCCCUCUGACUUUGUCGUUAUAAAUUUUUGUCGCAAAGGAACUUUUCACAAUAUAUAUACUUAUAAACAGUGAAAGGCAGGUCAAAGUUUUGUCUAAACCCGACAUAAACACGAAAAAACA